AUGCCAGGUGGCUUUUCCUUUCCCAAGCCACGUAGUAAAGGGAGGGGAAGACACCAGCGCAGACGCGGGAUACUUGCCGGGCUAGCAAUGGAAGAAUCAUGGCGCGAUGCACGCGGGUGGGCGAAGAAGCUUGCGGUAGUUGAGGUGGCGGGUGUGGUGUUGUGGGGAGGCGCGUUUGUGUUGAUUUUGUUGAGUAAGAGGUGUCCUAGUGGUGCGUUUUCGGGGUGGUGCAAUGCGUACAACGUCUCUUCGGCCGCUGCAUGUCUUUUAUGUGUGGCUUUUGGGGUUAGUGUGUUUUUUGAUGUGAAGGAUUUACAUGCUAGUAAGGUAUCACCGCGGACUAGAUGA